AUGGUUCCAGUGCGGCGGCGUGGUGCCUUCUUCUUACUUUCACGCUACCGGCAACAUCGUCACCUCGUGUCUGUGCACAUUCCUCUUUGUCUUGUGUGUCUGCUGCUUCUUUUUAGCGAAUGCACGGCUGCUGGGGACCUCGUGGCCCGAUUCUACGACCUAGAGACGUCCGGCAGCUCCGUCGCCAAGCUUUCUCUCAGUUCUAGCGCGCUUCCAAGCACUGUGACCAACAGAUUGUCUAUAUAUUCUCUAGAAUGGAAUGAUCUGUCGGGGCUCAUGCAGCGCGCGCUGCUAUGGGACUCUGGCUUUGUAUUCGCGCCGCCGGUCGGGGCAUCUUCAUCCUUUACAGCAGAAAACGACACGAAACUCGUGCAAAUAUACACAGCGUGCAGUGAAGGGAUGGAUAAUUUAGUACCAGAACUGGCGGAGAUUAAUACACUCCCAGAUAACAGCAGUGAAGGCAAUUGCACCACGGAGAACUGCGGGAUUAUCGGACAUUUCCUGCCGGACGGCUGUCCAGUGGGACAGAUUAUACCCAUUACCAGAUGUGCAGUGUAUGCAUCAGCUAUGGAUGGGCAGAAUCAGGCGACAGGUGUCUUUUGGGCUGAAGAUGGGCGUAGUACGAGUGUUCCCGAGCCUGUGCUGAGACGGCAUACAGCCGUUGGAGUGGAGGCCAGUCAAUCACUGUUUGCUGUUCACUUGUCAGAGGCGACAUUUACGGGCUUAGAGUCGUGCCAGCCACACAUGAACUUUAUUCUACCGUGUCGAGGUGUAGCGGAUAAUGUGAAUGUCGUGAGUUAUAGCGGAAAUACCAGCUCUACAGCUAAUAGCAGCAGCUUUACAGAAGUCAAUUUAUGUCUACCGUCGCAUGGAGUAAUGAUGAACACGUGGCUUAGGAUGGAAUCACUGCCUUCACCUCAAACUUUCUCAACGACGGCCAUUGUGCUUUUAACAGUAUUGAUGGUGAUUUGCGUAGCCUUGUCGGCCUCUGUCUGGUGGUUAAGCCGUUCUCGUGCUUGCGUACAGGAUGCUUACAACCGGGUGAAGCUUGAAGCCGUCGCUGGGGCGUCGGAGGAAGAACGACUUACCCCGAUGGAAGUAUUCUUCGGUGCUCGACCACGCAGUCGACGUUCUCCGGGUAUUCAUCGGACUUCUGCGCUCGUGGCAACGACGCGAGCUGAGAUUACGCUAUCCAAUGACCAGCUGUGCCGCAAGAGCAAGAUCUUGCGCGCCUUUGUGUCAGAUCCAGCCAUUGUGACUAAACGCAUCUCCUUUGCGCAGUUACACUUUUUGAGGCUGCUUGCAAAGGGAGGUAGCGGUGAAGUUUGGUUAGGCCAGUACGAAACUCGUUAUGUGGCAAUGAAAUGCUUAUUGCCAGCAAAGCGUGAGAAUCCAGAAGCGCUUGAACAGUUUGCAGAGGAGUUAAGGAUGGCAUCGCUUUUAGCGCACCCCCGUAUUGUGGCUUUCUGUGGAGUUGCCUGGCAGUCUCUGCUACAUUUGUGUGCUGUGACAGAAUAUCUGCCACGAGGCGACCUAGAGAGUCUUCUGGCGAAUCCAGUUGCUCGUAAGCAGCUGAGCUGGGACAGAGAAAAGUUGACAUUGAGCAGUGAUAUUGUUGAGGCUCUGGUGUAUCUACAUUCGCUUGUACCAGUCGUGAUACAUCGUGACCUCAAGUCGAAGAACGUGCUGCUGGAUCGACGAUUACGUGCCAAGCUGAGCGAUUUUGGACUCAGUCGUGAGCGGUCCGUCGAAGAUACGAUGACGAACGGCAUUGGUACAAUCCUUUGGAGUGCACCAGAAGUGUUGGAAGGAAAGCGUUACGACGAAAAGAGUGACCUCUUUUCGUUUGGUGUGGUGCUAUCGGAGAUCGAUACUUGCGCUUUGCCUUAUAGUUUCAGCCGAUACGCCAAAAUGCGCAGCAUGCAGAUCGUUCAUCUUGUAUCAGAGGGUAAAUUGCUGCCCAAUUUCCGUGAUGACUGUCCACCAUCAAUUCGUGCUCUCGCUCAACGAUGCUUGAGUUUGGAUCCGGCAUCCCGACCAACUGCAAUGGAGGUCGCAUUCGAACUACGUUCUUUCAUUGCACCUCAGCUACUCCCGCAACCAAUUUCCGCAGUAACUGUUGACCAUGUGGGUAGCAUAAAAGCAUCAGCAUCACCUGUUGGUACAUCAAAAGUUGAUAAAGUCGAUGGCGGAUCAGCGGUAGCUCUUGUACAACACUCCGAAGAUGCAAACAUCAAGACAAAAGCCGUGAUUAUGUGCGAAAGGUAA